GUUCUCCAAGGCCCCACCCGACUCAGGAGCCCAGCUAGAUUUGCCUAGCGGAUCCUGCACGGGGAUCGCGGGCGGAGCUUCCCGCCGGGAUCGCGGGCGGAGCUUUCCGCCAGUCCCGCGCCGCGAGCCCGCACUCCUCAGCCCUUGGGCGGUCAAUGGGGCCCGGCGCUGUGAAGCAGGGGGCGGCGCCCGUCAGGGAGGCUCCGGCGCGCGCGGGAGGGAGUGGGGGUUUGCUCAGGCAUGGCGGGCUGCAGGUCCCAAGCCCGUCCCGCGGGGAAGCGGCUGAGGCCCGGCGAGAAUUAGAGCGCUGCGCCGGCAGGCCGGAAGUGCUGGCGGACCCAGCGCACCCUCCGCAGCUGCUGGCCCAGGUGCUAAGCUUCUCACUGGCUGGGGCCAGCAUUGUCAGCUGCCUGCUCGGAAUGCGGGGCCAGCCGAGCCCGCACCCACCGGGAACUCGUGCUGGCCAGCGAGCGCCAGCGCGCGGCCCAGGUUCCACCCGCGCCUCUCUCUCCAAACCUCCUGGCAAGCAGAGGGAGCCGGCUCCGGCCUCAGCCAGCCCAGAGAGGGGCUUCCACAGUCCAGCGGCCGGCUGAAGGGCUCCUGAAGAGUGGCCAGAGUGGACACCGCAGCCUGAGGAGGUGCAGAGAGGGAGCGAGGGCUGCUAGCAGGUUGUCACCUCUCAAUAGCAAGACCAAAGCUUACAGAUGUCCAUUAUGUAAAUAGGUACUCUAACUUAUGUAGCGGGACCUACAUGCACUCUGCAGAACUACAACCGUCCUCUUGAUGUCCCUAAGUAUCUAUAGCUCCUGGUUAUAGGUGUUCACCAGGAGCCGCCUGCUCAUGCUCAGACAACAGGAGGUCUCACAACACUGUCAAACCAUCUACAAUUGCUAGAACUGCUGCAUUGUCUUCAAGAUGUAAGUAAUUCACUUACUUUAGUAUUUGCUGUUUUGUUGCUGUACCUUAAGCUAAAAGUCAGAGAUGAACUUAUGGAAAUAGAGCCAGAGCUCAAUCUUCAUUACCCAUUUUGCUGAAUCUUUUAUUAAUUUUGAAUUUAAAAAUGGCAUCUGAAUUCUCUUCUGUGUUAAUGUGAGUCUUUUACAGAAGGCUGCUUUUUAUGCAAAUAUAAAUUUAGGAUAGUGCUUCCACUGUAACAUUUUCUAUGCCAAGACUCACAUAAUUUCUAGUGUGAUUAGGAUUUAGGGUUAAAGAACAACCUAGUUUAAUCAACAAGGAUUACUUAACAGAACACCUUAGGGCAUCAUAAUCCUAUUAUGCAUUACUUUUAUCAACUGUAGAGAGGCUUCAAAUCCUAAGAGAAAUGAGGUCAACACAUUAAUUUUUAGAUGAAAAAACUGGGGCCCAAAAGGGUUAAUCAAACAUUUACUUAGGGUCUAAGUGUAAACCGUUUUCUUUAAAUAAUAUGAAUCAUUUAAGAAAAUAUACAACAUUAGAUGCUCAUGUCCUAUAAACAUUAUAGGAAGUAAGAACUAAAUUGAUGUUAACAUUUAAAAAAAAAUUCCUAACUAUGGAAAAUGUCAAGAAUCCAAAGAAAGAGGUCUGCUUUAAUGUUGAUAAAAUUGUGUCUUACAGAAAGGGUUCUAAGAUAUUUUGCAAGAAGCUCUCACACAAACAUCAUCCCACCAAGAAAAAAUACUAUGGCCUACCAAUAACUAAACCUGGAUCAAAUUUUGUCUAUUUUCUCUUAUUGCUUCCAGAUUCAAAGCUAUUACAACAAUUUAGCUUUCACACUUGUAAAUUUUGGAAUUUCUCACUUAUUGCUAUAAUCUUAGGACUCUCUUUACAAAAUUUUUGCCUCACAUAUGGAAAUUAUUUGCCUACGUUGGAUAUCUCAGAUUUAUUGCUUUCCCUUCCUCCUACUGAUGUUCAAUUUUGUCUUUCUGACUCAUCAUUGUAAUCUUGCAUCAGCCCAAAUCCAGAGCUGAGAAAUGAUCGUAUUAUAUAUUUACUAAAUGUUGAUUCAGCAUGAAGCCAUUAACUAGUUUCUGUUCAAUCCCAGUAGUCAUAACACACUCUUUGCACAAUUUCUAUAUUUAAUACACAACCUGCUUAUUUAUAUGUGAACCACUAGUAUUAGGAAAUAAUGAUUUAUUUCAACAUCUAUUUCUUCUCCAUCUCCUGUGGGCUGGAUACUAUGCCAGGUGAUGAGGAAUCACAUCAUGAAUAACAGAUGGUUCUAUGCAUUGAGAAUCUUCUGGUCUCCGCAGUCCACAUAAGGCAUGCCUGCUUUGACAGAAUUAUACCCCUUUAUUAUCUCCAUACCAUGCAAAUCAGAGCAAAGAGUAGGAAGGAUAUGAGGUGAAGAAGGGAUGGGCACAAAAGAAAAAUGGUAAAAUUUUUCUUGUAACCUUCCUACUCCUCAUGUCCUGGUAUUGCCUAUCUCUGCCUGGAUUGAUUCUGUCUAUCCGUAUAUGUGUUGUCCAAUAUUGUGUGCUGCAUUAACUGAACUUGCCCUCCUCUUCUGCAAACUGAGGUUUCAAAAUUAUCUUCUUCUGUUCCUACAAACUUCCCUUCCCUUCUUCUGAGUGUUAGAGCUGUAUAUUUACCUGGAAAUAGUAUAGAUACUGGUAUAAGAAAAGAAAUGAUGGCUUUGUAUUAUUAAUAUUAAGCACCAUGUUUAGCAUUCUAAAAAAGUUUCUUGUACAAAAAAUGUAAAUAUAUAAAAGUAUAAGAGCAGUAAGUUAAAGUAGUAAGAUAUCUCCCCCAAUACACACAUUU